CUAUUACAGCUAUUAUGACAAUUACAGCUGUUACAACUAUUACACUCAUUACAACUAUUACAGCUAUUAUGACAAUUAUAGCUAUUAUGAUUAUUACAUCCUUUAUGGCAAAAAAUUACAACUUUAAGUCAAAGG